AUGAUCCUACGGCCUCUAGUAUCCUGCCUCUCGUUCCUCAGCCUCAGUACCGCAGCGUCAUUCAAACCGUCGAUAUCGGGACGACAGUCGACCUCCUGCAACAAUUCGCCUUCCCUCUGCUCGAAACCCUACAACAGCAUCGUCCACCUAGGCGCCCACGACUCUCCAUUCCUUCGAGACGCCUCGACGGGAUUCUCAACCUCAGGCAAUCAGUACUAUAACUCUAGCGUCCAGCUAUCAGCUGGCGUGCGUCUGCUCUCGGCACAGGUCCACCAAUCUAACGGAGAAUACCAUUUGUGCCAUUCAUCCUGCGACCUGCUGGAUGCCGGAAUUGUGUCGGACUGGCUGGAAGAGAUCAAGACGUGGCUGGACAGCAACCCGAACGAAGUGGUGACGAUCCUCCUCGUCAAUUCAGACGAUGCCACCCCACAAGAACUGGGUGCGCACUUCACGACGGCGGGAAUCACAGAUUAUGCAUACGUUCCGCCGUCCACAAGCGUACCUCCGUCCACAGGAGCAUGGCCUACACUGCAAGAGUUGAUCACCGCAAAUAAACGGCUAAUGGUUUUCGUCGCGUCGCUUGACAACCCAGCCUCCAUACCAACGGAAUAUGCGUACCUUAUGGACGAGUUUACGUUUAUAUUCGAAAACCCGUUCGAAAACGUCGAUCCGAGUGACUUCACCUGUGACCCCGACCGGCCCUCGAGCUUGCAAGGAAAUAGCCAAGGUGCAAUCGCGUCGGGUCGCAUGGCUCUCAUGAACCACUUCCUCUAUAAGGAAGGCCUCUUCGACAUCGAGACUCCUGACGUGGACAAGAUCAACGUCACAAAUUCACCGGGCAAUAGCAUUGGCAAUCUCGGCUACGCGCUUUCCACCUGUAAUUCCCAAUAUGGCAGACCACCGACAUUCACUCUUGUGGACUUUUUCGACGAAGGACCGGCCAUCGCUGCCGUGGACGCCUUGAAUGGAGUGGCGUCGCCGGUUGGACGGACACCUCUGCCUCCACGAGACACCAGGGAGGAUAUCGAUCGGAGUCAGUCGAGUUUCCAAGGUGUCGUGGAUUUGGUAAAUGAUGUUAAAGACGGGAAGAAACCUAGUGUCGGUGCAUGGAUCUGGGCUUCUGGGCUGUGGACUUUUGGCGGGAUCAAUCUAAGUGGCGGGAAUGUUCUGGAAUGA